AUGAUUGCAAUAGCAUGGUGUGCCUACAGGAAUAAAAUAACCAUCGCAGGUACUACCUAUAGUUACAUUACAUUACGACAUUUUCUUGUUUCAGUAUCAAAGGCGAAAAUCCUGGGGAAUCCGGAAUUAUUUAUAAAAAGUGGCAGCGAUAUAAACUUGACUUGCAUCGUCCUGCAAACGCCGACUCCGCCGAGCUUUAUCUACUGGUUUAAGGGUAACCAGGUGAUCAACUAUUCACAACGGGGAGGAAUUAGCGUUGUCACCGAGAAACAGACCCGCACUAGUCGACUUUUAAUUUCCCGAGCCCUACCAAGCGACAGUGGGAACUACACCUGUGCCCCUUCGAGCAGCGAUGCAGCAAGCAUCACUGUCCACGUCCUAAAUGGCGAAAAACCUGCCGCAAUGCAACACGGGAACGAAAAUCUGGCUGUCGAAACACUAACUAAAUUCAAUAAACUGUUGUUCAUUUUAAUCACCCUAAUCUUUGCCGUUGUCAGAUGAACAUCCUGUUAGAUGAACCCGCCCGUUUCAAUGUAUUGCACCCUAAAAACGCGUCUAAUAUGACCAAUAGAUGUUGGGAAUGGUGAUUUUCACAAGAAUCCUUCACUAUUUAAAUUUUUUACCUGUUUCCAAUAGCGAUGUGGUGUUUCAUGUCACAUUACGUAAAUGUCAAUCAAAAUCAAAAAGUUCUUCUAAAAUAUCCUUUUUCUAUAUUUCUAUUCCUUCUACCGCAGCCUCUCAAUCAACUCGUCGUCGAUGUACAUGAUACGUAUAUAUA